UCAGCCCUACCCUCCCUCUCAAAAAACUUAGGCCGCUUGACCAUGUGUUGUCCCCGCCUCCUAAUGACCCAGAUACUGCCGUUAGCAGCAUCCUCUCUCCUCAGGGAGGCAUGCAUGGGGUGCCCGCGGUCCCAGACAGCUGAGGUUCUCGAUAAGUGAUGUGUGAGUCCUGUGUGCCAUAGGAAGCUCCCCACCUGCCUCUGGUGACCAAAGGCCAGGCCACAAGCAGUGGGUGGUUCUUUCUCCACCCAGACCUUACUUCUCAGGUCCCCUUUGCCAACUGGAACAGCCUCUGACAUGACCCGGAUGCUGUUGCUCAUCUUUACUGUGGUCCAUCCAGGAUCCUGUGCUCUCUGGGUGUUCCAGCCCCCUGAGAUUCGUACCCAGGAGGGCACCUCUGCCUUCUUGCCCUGCUCCUUCAAUGCCAGCCGAGGGAAAUUGGCCAUUGGCUCUGUCACGUGGUACCGGGACAAGGUGGCCCCAGGGAAGGAAGUGAAGAAUGGGACCCCAGAGUUCAGGGGCCGCCUGGCCCCUCUUUCCUCUUCCCGUUUCCUCUGUGACCAUCAGGCUGAGCUGCACAUCUGGGACACCCAAGACUAUGAUGCUGGAGUCUACGUGUGCAGGGUGGAGGUGCUGGGCCUAGGUGUUGGGACAGGGAAUGGGACUCUGCUGGUGGUAGAGAAAGGACCUCCUCGGCUAGGGGCCAGCACAGUCCUCCUCCUUCGGGCUGGACUCUAUGCCUUCGGCUUUAUCUGUGUGGCCAUGGGCAGCACCGUCUAUUACCAAGGCAAAUGCCACCGUCACCUGGAACACACUGCCACUCCUCAGAUGGCCUCUGAUGAGUGAUUCCAGACCCCAGGCAUCCAACUCUCUUCAAGAGACCCCAAUAAAUCCUCCUCUGUCCUGCUGCUAACGCCUACUUAAGAGUCUCAUGUACUUCCUUUUCCAUUCUCCAGCCAGGCCCAUGCGAGUACUCUUUCUGGCCUUCAGGGGAGCUUGGGUUCCUCAACACCCUUCUUCACCUAAGAAAUCACUACUCGACCCCAGAACGGGUGGGAAGAUAAGUCGCUUAAGUUUUGAUGGUGGCCCUGUUGAAUGGGACGGAGUUGAGUUGGACUGAGAAGCUUGAGACACGGAAGGUGCCCUUGACCUCAGGGAAGAGGACACAGCCCUCCUUCCAGCACCCACCACUGGGGUGUAGAAGGAUCCAGACCGCCCUGGAAAUCUGGAGUGCGGUGCUUUCCUCGCAAAGCUGUGCUGCCUGACUUUCUGUAACAGGGACCGCUGACCCGGGGACCCAGGCCCAGGCCCAGCAGCGAUUGGGGUCACAGGAGCUGCCAGAGGAGAAGGAGGCAGAAACAGAUUCCAGCUCCAGGCUCCCAGCCGCCCAUCUCAUAG